AGCUUCCAUCAUCGCAUCAUGUUGAACUCAUGGAAAAUUCAUAUAAAUAUAUAGUAUUAAGUCAAGGAAUAUUCCUUGGUAUUAAGUGAUGUUUCUAAAGUAACAAUUUUUAUUAGGUGAGUGUUUAUUUAUUUCCUUCGAACAAUUUACGUGAAAAUAAAUUGGAUAAAAAAUAUUAUACAGUUUUUCACGUAUGCCGCUACGUUCAGAUCUUUUUGCGUGUAAUGUCACAGGUACUUCAAAGAACAGACUUUCAUCAGCAAGUUUUAAAUAAUUAAAGUUUUUUUUUAUCUGGCAUCACUGUAGAAAUGUUAAAUCUGAAAAAUGCAUCAGCGUAGCGUAGUGCAGUAAACAUAUCAAAAUAGUCAACUUUUUUGUGAAAACGUUGUGUAAAAUACAUUUUUACUUAUAAGAAUAGUGUCAGUUGCUAGCAGGGGCGAUAAAGUUAUACGAGAAACAUGAAAAACUUUUGCCGACACAGGCAGCGAAUGCAAAAAUUGAAUUGAACUACCGAUCACGAUUGUUUGUUUGCUUUAUUGAGUGGGCGAAAGUAAACAUCGAAGAAAACAACAUCCUGGUAAUAUCCGUAGCUUAUCCAUAUCCAAAAAUGGUUCCGAGGAGGAACGAAAAUACCCAAAACCAAACGGUACAUUGAAAACGUUGAUCAUGCCAAGGUAGGUAACAUCAUUACUCUUAUCCGACGCAAACAAUACUCGGUCAAACAGAACCGAACAGGGGGAGGCUGGAUAUACCCCGGGGAAAGCAAAUCACUACAAUUCCUUCUCGCAUAUAAUAGUAUAACUACAAUUUAGACAGGAGAAUGAAACCACUGCUAUCAGCCCCAUUACAUAAAGCUUAUUUUAGUUUUCCUUUGCGGAAAAGUGUCAAUAUCACCACCAGAAUGACGAUACUGUUGGCCAUUCUAAUAAGCGUCUUUUUGGCUUCGUCCCGUGCACUGACUUUGACAAAAAACCACCAGCAACAGUCGUGUGAUAAAACAAGAAGAGUGUUUACGGAGCCAUACGGCGAAAUAAGUGACGGUCCAUCCGAUCAUAAUUACACACAAAAUUCGCAUUGUGAGUGGCUGAUAAAAGCUCAGAAUGAAAUGCAGUUUAUUACACUCACUUUUCGUAGCAUGGGAACUGAAUGCUCAUACGAUUAUAUUUUUAUCUACGAUGGAGAUUCUUUUCGAUCGCCGCUUUUAGGUAGUUUUAGCGGAAAAACCGAACCACAGCGUGUUAUGGCCACCUCUGGAAAUAUGCUUAUUUUACUGUACAGCGAUACGAACUAUGUACUAGAAGGAUUCAAAGCAGAAUUUUCGAUAACAAACUGCCCUAAUAACUGCUCAAAUCAUGGCAAAUGUGAAGAAAAUAGAUGCAACUGUGAUGGCAAUUGGAUUGGAAGCGAUUGUAGUGUUGAUGCUUGUCCAGAUAAUUGCGGCAAUGAAGAGGGCAGAGGCCGGUGUUUGAACAGGAAAUGCAACUGCUCUAAAGAAUAUUCCGGCCAAUCUUGCAGCUUGCACAAAACUCAUCCUGUUCCGAACGAGUGGCAUUGGUUGUCAAAUUCGAAGAAUGGUUUCACUCCUCGUGCCGCCCACACGGCCGUAUACUAUACACCGACGAAUUCCCUUUACGUUUUCGGUGGCUAUAAUUUGAACCAAGUAUUGGAUAGUUUGAACAUCUAUCGAAUGGACACGAGCCGUUGGGUUAACGAAUGGGGAGUGAUACUCACUGGCGAGGAUCUUGAUGGCGAUGACACACCACCAGUCAAUAGUUUUUCAGAAGAAAUUGGUGAAAUGCUUGGGCUUACAAGGGAGCCAAAUUUUUUCAACAAUUUUAUAUACUCUCUGGCGGACAAUCAAACAGGUCCUUUUGGAACAGCCUUUGGAAAUGAUUCGCGUCCUGGGGGAAGAUAUGGCCAUGCUGCAAGUACCAUACCAGAUGGUUUUGUAAUAUUCGGUGGAAAACUAGCUGGAGGUCACCUGGCUAAUGAUUUGUGGAUGUAUAAUAUUAGUAAAGCUGGUGGAACUUGGAUUGAACGAGCCGUAAAUUCCAAAAUCCUCCCACCUUCACUAACCAGACACACAAUGACGCUUGCAAACGAUUAUCUUUAUGUAUUUGGUGGUGCGCUAGAAAAUGGAGAAUUCUCGUCUAAAUUAUUUAGAAUUAAACUGAUGCCAGACGUCAAUGACGAUCAAUGGGAAGAAGUAAUACCAAGAGGAGGAAAAACACUUGAUCUUCGUAUUGUUGCACAUACAACUUGUUUUCAUAAACACACUAAUUCACUCGUAGUCUACGGAGGUGUUGUGGCUGGAGUUGCAAGAUUUUCAAAGUUAUCCGACCGCAUGUUCACGUUUCAGUUGGACCAUUUGCAUUGGACAGAAAUAAUGUAUCCUAGAACGCCAUUGAGGGAUGCGUAUAUACCUCGUGAAAGAGCCUUCCAUACAACAACAGUGAUCGGCAAUUACUUGAUAGUUUUUGGGGGAUAUACGCAUCGCCAUAAUAAGGAGGAAAUUUGCUACGAUAAUCAAAUGUAUCUCUAUCAUCUGGGAUGCCACAAUUGGAUAAACCAGGAUGUUUUGGGUUCCAGUAGAAAAUCGAGAUACCCAAAGCAACAAGGUGUAUUUGCUCAUGCAGCUGCAGUACGGAAUGGCAACACACUUUUCUUAGUCGGCGGAUAUCAUGGUAAUGUGAAUGGAGAUUUGCUUGCAUACACUCUUCCUCCUAUGCUAAUUGUUGAGGAUGAGGAUUCGUUUGAACCGGAAGCGGCCUGCCCAAAGCACACAUCCGUAACGGAAUGUCUCUCGGAUCCCGAGUGUGGCUGGUGCUCGGCCGAUAGCAUUUGUUACGGUCGAACCAUUGGAGCGAAUUGUACCACUAAUUUGCAAACAACACGAUGCAGAGGAAUAUGUCCUGUGCUGGGCGAUUGCCAUUCUUGUCUCAUACACGGAGCUUCGAGUAAUAUAGGUUUUAAAUCGGUAGCGAAAAAGUUGGGCCUUGACAAAUGCACAUGGUGCGUGCAGAAUGCACGGUGCCAUCAUAAGGACGAUAAUUAUGGAGUAUGUGGCGAAGACACUCCUUCACAGAAUCCCGGUUGGUGGGGAUCUAAAGGUACGGAGAUUGUAUCUCCAGAACAGUGCACACCUAUGGAUACACGACCAGGACUGACAUUUCUUAAAUACCUUGAUCCAGUUGACUGGACGAUGCCAGACUAUGUUAUGAUUGUCAAUGCCACGAUGGUUGAUUUCAACACUCCAGCAUUAUCGCAUACGGAAUUAUCAUUCAAUGGACAAAUAGUGGCCAGAUUAUUGGGUUUUCUUAGACCACCAGCCGUAUGGGAAGCCGCUGGCGAACGUUUACGAGUUUGUGCAAGUAACUCUCAAGCAGUACUUCGGAUGGCGUCUACGGAUAUAAACAAUCCAAGAAAGAAGCUGAUGUCAGUAGUUACUGCUAACAUUUCUGCCAACCAGUACGUUUGUGAAAUGGCCCAAUGGCGAAGUUUAGACCCACGAUACCGAGUAAUGAUCGAUUUUCAAGCUAAGCGAAGCAUGAAUUCCUUACAAAGUAUGCAUCAGCAGAUCAGCAAAAUGGGUCUUCAGCACAGUGCACUUAGUCAGGACAAUGCAAAAACAUUCACAUUUGAGUUUCUCGAGCCAUAUUCUAAUGGAUCCUGCGGUACAUACCGGAACUGUUUACACUGUUUAGCGGAUUCCCUGUGCGGUUGGUGCGAAAUGAACAAUCGGUGUAUAUCACGACAAGAAAAGGAAUCAGUAGUUUGUCGAAAUGGAGAUAACUGGCGUUAUUUAACCGUUCAACCAUCGCAGUGUUCAAAUUGUUCAAAUUAUAUUUCAUGUGAACAAUGUAUUCAAGCUGGUCAGUGCGAAUGGUGGGCCGAUGAUGCACGAUGUUCUAGAAAAGGUCGAUCCGUAACUGCCGUUACUGAAAUAGAUCAGUGUCCAGUACCUUGUUAUUUGAGAAUCAACUGCUCGACCUGUCUCAACGAAAAAGGUCGAUGUGUAUGGUGUGAGGCAACCAGUCAAUGUUUCAGUUUUUCGGUUUAUACGAGUGAGUAUCAGUUUGGGCUUUGUCGAGAAUGGUUGGACCAAACAAUGCCUAUUGGCAUGCCUCAAAUUCCUGAACCCGGUGGAACAGAGCAUACAAUGCAACCAGCACAACAAUGCAAAUCAUGCGCGAGUCAUCGCAAUUGCUCCCAUUGCUUGCGAUCAUUAAGUUGCGGUUGGUGCUACGAUGCGGAAAAUCCGAUUGAUGGAGUUUGCAUGCAAGGAGAUUUCAACAGAUCAACAUUUGACUGUCCCACCGCACUAAAUGUAACUGUCGAGAAAACACGUUGGUCCUACGCACAGUGUCCUGAUGUAGAUGAAUGUGAGCUGGGACUGCAUGAUUGUCACGAACAAGCAGAAUGCUCCAAUACACAUGGUUCAUACACAUGUCGCUGCCGUAAAGGUUUUCUGGGUGACGGUGUACGGAAUUGCAUUCAAACCUGUUACGAAACCUGUGUGCAUGGAUACUGUUCCGGUGGACCAGAUUACAAAUGCCAGUGCGAUCUCGGCUGGACUGGUGUUGAUUGUAGCCAAAAUUGUCAAUGUAACAAUCACUCUACGUGUCUCCAAGGUGUUGGUAAAUGUGAUAAAUGUAUGAACUGGACAGAGGGUGAACACUGCGAAAGGUGUAGCUCUGGAAGUUUUGGUAAUGCUACUUCUGAUCUUGGUUGCCAGCCAUGUGAUUGCAACGAACAUGGCAACGAAGCUUUGGGAAUUUGCGAUUCUCAAAGUGGGGAAUGCUACUGCCAGGAUAAUACAGAAGGACUUAAAUGUGAGGUUUGUAAUCGAAACUUUUACGGUGAUCCUCGGGCAGGUGGUCAAUGCUAUUACCAGUGUGAACCAAGAGGUGUUUUAACACAUCUAGGGACAGAAGGAAUUGGGUCGUAUCAAUCACACCGAUCAGCUAGAGGUGGAGCAGAAGCACGCGAGUGUCUAUGGAUAAUAAGUCCAUAUGUGAAACCUGGAGGAGGAGAGUUGAAAAAUGCCAUCAUUCAAUUUGAGAUUGAACCACACGAUAUGAAUGUGACAUGUGGUCAGAAUGCAGUGUAUGUUUAUGACGGAUUGCCGGAUCUUACGGGAAGUACGCAGCAGAAGCAACUUUUGGCUGUAUUUUGCAGUGAAGACAAAAGCCCUUGGAUAACAGAAGCUCGCUCAGGCCAUCUAACUAUACAUUACAAGAAAGGUCGACCUGGACAAGGAUUCAAUGCAAUCUACAGCGUUAUGAGUUGUAGCAUCAAUACCUGCAAGCGUCCAUAUGUCUGUGUCGAUGAUAAAUGCGUUUGUCCGAAAGGAUUUGCUGGGCCUCGUUGCUCGCUCAAAACCUGCCCAUCGGACUGUAAUGCAGAACUCAAGCAAGGUGUCUGUGAUGUGGGCUACGGUAGGUGUAUUUGUUCUAUGGGAUAUGGCGGAGCAGAUUGUUCACGGAUAUUGCGACCUUCCAACAUUGUUUUUACUGAACUGUUCAAUUCCUACCUUAUCUCGGACACCUUUGAACAUUUGCGGAAAACAUUGCCGCGUUUCGGACAUACUCUAGUAGCAGAUCGGCGAGGUUCGCUAUGGAUGUUUGGAGGAUAUUCACUUUCCCAUGGACCGCUAAACGAUAUUAGACAAUUUGAUACCAGAAAUAAUACGUGGAUGCAAGUUACCGUAGACUCGGGACCAGAAGAUCGAAUGCCACUUGGUCGUUAUUUCCAUGCAGCAGAGAUAAUUAUGAGCAAACAAGCUAUAUUUAUUUAUGGAGGCCUUUCGCGAAACCAAUCAUCCCAUAUAGUGCUGGAUGACUUUUGGCAAUUUGGCCUUCAAACGCAGCGUUGGAGUAUGGUUACACAAACUGGGUCAAAACCGCCUCCGUUGGCAGGUCAUACCAUGAAUUUGAUGAAGGAUGCCGACAAAGAAGUACUGUUAGUUAUAGGUGGAUUCUCUGUUACUACCGGCAGCCAGAAUAAUAUAUGGAUGUUUGAUUUGAGCUCAAAUAGCUGGUCGAAAGUUCUAACUAGUGGUGCCAAGCCAACCAGUAUUUUUGGUCAUAGCACAGUAAGCCAUCCGUCGAAGCAAAUUCUAUAUAUCUACGGUGGAAUAGUUUAUUUUGAAGGAAGAACAAAAGUAUCCAACAAACUUUAUGCUUUCAACUUUAAAAGUCUACAAUGGACCGAAUUACCGGUGUUUGUCAACAAGCCUUCUGAUUAUGUUCCUAUUGCCAGAUACCUUCAUUCAGCAGUUACCACCGAUAAUUACAUGCUUGUUUUUGGAGGAAGAUCACAACCGGGAUCGGUGGGUGAUACAAUUGUUGCGUAUGUUUAUAAAUGCAAUCAGUGGAUAAGACUGAGCGGAGAUAUUGAAAUAGUUGGUAGUUCUUUUGGUGAUACAUACGCCCACGCGAUGACACAAGAUCCAGAGUAUGACGCAUUUUACGCAGUCGGAGGCUGGGAUGGAAGUAGCUACAGUCGUGUUACUAAGAUCAAUAUGCCACCAGAUUUGUGCGAUUUGUGGAGCAGCUCAAAAUAUAUCUGCAGACAGUAUAUGGGAUGUAGUUUCUGUGCUGUUAAAACAUUGGACGAUUAUACCUCACACUGCUACUCUGUGGGAAAUUCAGAUAUUUGUGAUGCUCAAAAUGGAACGCUUUCGUUUAACAAUGGGGCCCCAUGUGAUGAUGAAUGGAUUUCCAAGCGAAACUGUUCAUUAUUUAGUAGUUGCACUAGCUGCCUUGCAUCUUAUCCUACUCACUCGGAAGAACGACCAAUAUGUCAAUGGUGUACAAACUGUGAGGGUCAUGGGAAAUGCCUACCAUAUGACAAGGAAUGUGAAAACGACAAACAAUGCGCUGCAAAUCAACAAUCAAUUCGUGCUCUUGACAAUUGUCAGUUAUUACGCUGCGCAGCAUCAGAUUGCGACAGCUGUCAUUCACUACCGAACUGUUCGUGGACACUUAAAGGAAACCAGUUUCAAUGUACUCAACGUAAUGAAUCUGACAGCAACAAGAAACCAACUGCCUGUCCAGUUCCCUGUCAUUCCCAUACAACCUGCAGCAGUUGUUUGAGUCAGUCGUCCUCCGAAGGUGGCUGGAAUGACUGUCGCUGGUCAACGCAAUUAAAUGAGUGUAUUUCACCCAGCUAUCAACCACUGUACUGUGCUGGAAGCAUUUGUGGUCUUGUGUUGGAACCAAUUGACGCCAAUCAGUGUCCCGAACCAUGUGACUCCUUCACACAGUGCGCUACAUGUCUAAGGCACGCACAUUGCGGAUGGUGUUCCCAUAACGGAACGGAAGGGGACGGCGUAUGUACGGAAGGAUCACUGGACAGUCCGAUUGAUUAUCCCGCUUCCUCGACAUGCGAUGUAAUAUAUCGAGUUAAGCAUAACAUAACAACGAUUGAUCCUGGUGAUAGAUUUAGUUGGAACUAUGUCAAAUGUCCACCAGAAAAUGAAUGUGCCAACAAGCAUCAUAAUUGCAAUAUAAAAUCGGAACGAUGUGUGGAUCUGCUUCACGGUUACGAAUGCCAGUGCGCCGAAGGAUAUCGGGCCGAUGCCUCCGGAGUAUGUGUUCCGGUUUGCAAACACGGCUGUGUGCGUGGAGUUUGUAUCGAACCUGACAAAUGUGAAUGCGACUUUGGAUAUGUUGGAGAAAAUUGUAGCAUUCAGUGCCAGUGCAACGGUCACUCGAACUGUGCGGGACCCGAUCAGCUGGAUCUUUGUUUGGAAUGUUAUAACAACACAUUAGGAGCCCAGUGUGAGAAAUGUAUGCCUUUCUUUGUACGAGAUACUCGUAACAAUGGAGAGUGCAUUCCGUGUUCGGACUUCUGCAACGGUCAUACAGAUUUAUGUAUUGGGAAAGAUAUGGAGCAAACAGUUCGUAACAUGACUCGGAAUGAGUUGAUAAAUAUUCUCAAGGAAGGACCUCAAUCAGAUGCUGUUUGCUUACGAUGCGGAAAUUACACAUCUGGAGAUAGGUGUGACAGUUGCAUUCUGGGUUAUUUCCGGGGAGCCACAAUGGCUCGCGAUCCAUGCAGGCCGUGUCAGUGUCACGGCCAUGGGGAUAUGUGCGAUCCUGUUUCUGGGGAAAAAUGUAACUGUGGCAAUAACACUGAGAGCGACAACACUUGUUCAGCGAAGGGCAAAAAUUUGGCUUAUAGUUGUUGGUCAAUGCAAUGUACUAAAUGCAAGGACUCGUACUCUGGACAUCCAUCCAACGGUCAUCAGUGCUACAAACACAUAACGGUGGAAUCUCGUAUGUGUUUCGAUGCGAAAAUUAUUGAUGAGUGUAAAAUAAAGCCACAACCGCUGAAGCCUGGCCAAACAGUGUUCUUUGUGAUUCAACCGAGAUAUAUGAACGUCGAUAUUCGAUUCAUAGUGGAUGUAACGCAAGGAGAAUUGGAUUUUUUCAUGAGUCCCAACGAUGAAUCAUUUGUCGUUCAUUCAAAUACCAGUUCUGGUCAUCAUGAUAUCUUUUUAGACAACCGCUACUCCUGGCAUCAUGACAUCGUAGACAUCGAUUCCGUCGAAAGCAUGAACAUGUACCCGUUGAACAUAAAUGGUAACUUUUCUGACUUCUCUUUCGAUUCAUCCUUGCCAAUGGGAGGAUCGUUUUCCCAAUCACAAUGUCGUAUGGAAAACGAAAAGUUUUUCUAUGUUAAAGAUAAAAUUGCAAAGGAUCUGAUAACAUAUGUUACUCUUUAUCAGUGUAAUUCUCUACUGAGAGUUUUUGAGUUGAAGAAUAGAUUAGUUGUGACUCUACCUCACACGAUACACGCAUUAGGUCAAACAAAAUUCUAUAUAGCUUUACGAGCUCGUCCAGGUUCAAAUGCCAACUAUGGACUUGUUUUCUUCCGUCAAGAUCAAUUACACAUUCAUCUGUUUGUGUUCUUUUCCGUUUUCUUUUCUUGCUUCUUUUUGUUUUUGGCAAUUUGUGUUCUUGCAUGGAAGGCCAAACAAGCCGCCGAUAUGCGUCGAGCUAGAAGACGCCACGUUGUUGAAAUGUUACACAUGGCGAAAAGACCGUUCGGUAAAAUCAACCUUUCGAUGGAAAAUCCAUCAGAAACGCCAGCUAGCCAUCGCAGGCGUGGUCGCAGCAAACAUCAAACACAAUUGCAGCAAGAUGUAGCUCUAGUAGCAUUAGAACCCACAUCCGAUAAUAUAGCCGCUGUGGGAACUGUAUUCGUGCGUCUUCCAGGGAAACAGAAAUCGCAAAUGACUUUAGCAUUAGCUUCUUCGCUUGUGGUGCUUUCAAGAAACCACACUACCUAUAAUAGAGCCUUUCACAGGCGAAGGGGAUCAUCCCACCACUAUCAACAACAGGGACAAAAUUUGCAACAACAGUUGCAACCUAUACAGCCUGGUCCGGUUGGCCAACAGCAAGUGCCGCCAAUGUUUGUUGAUCUACAACACGAACAAGUUCCACUCCAACCCUUGGCUUUGAAUAGGGGUCAGUAGAUAUUCUACUUUAUUCUUUUUAAUUAAUGAAAGAAAUCUUGAGGUCAUGACUUGAUUUUCAGCAAAGUUUAAUUCUACUGUUCAUGACUACCUUGCAAUUCACAUCACGUAUCAAAGAUCCUAGCAUUUUUCUUUAACCAGGGAGUCAUGAUGAUUGUAGCAGACAUUGUUUUUGUUUAAAUAAUUUGCGCCCGAAAUUUCAUGAUAUUACUGAAAAAGUAUGCUAAACCACGUACGACGUCAUACAUGGAAAGUGGUCCCUGCGUAACAUGUCCUACUGUUGAUUUUUUUUUUCAAAAUUUCUCUGAAUAUUUUGUUAUUCACUUUAUUGGAUAGGCGAGUUUUAUGUUUGCGAUUACAGUUGUUCUUUGUUCUCUCUCUGGUAUCCCUACUAUUUUUUUUUUCAAACGGACGCACUCUCAUAUGAAUCUGUGAUUAUUGAAGUUAUGUUUAAAUAUGGAAAUAAAUCCAUAAAGCUCAUCGAUAAUGUACAGCUCGGUUUAGGUCUUUUUUUUCUUGUGUAUAUAACCACUAGUAAUCAAAGAAAAAACAAAAUAUUGUGUAACAAACACACAGUCACCCACUUGUUUGUACUCGAAGCACAAACACACACACAUCUAUGAUGAAUGUGGUAUUAUUCCCUAGCGCAACAAUCAGCAGACAAUUACUGUGGUAUGAUAGUUAUAAAUACAAACUAGAUUGUGUUUUAUUAAACUUAGAUAAGGUCAUUCGUGUACAAACUAUGAUAAAAGGUAGCACACUAUAGUAAGAAUAAUUUAUUUAUAAAAAAAACGGAUAAGAUAAAUAACUUAUAGAAAAAAAAAAUCGCAAAUAUGAAGCAUGAAAUUCAAAACACAAAACGCUGUCCAUGGAUCUCGAAUGGAGUUUGAGCUGAUGAUAACUAGUAAUGAGUGCAAUGUAAGAGUUAGGAUAGUUUAAAUGCCUUGGCAUGUUGCUCACGUUGGUAAAUAUAGUUUCGCUGAAUGUUCAUGAUAUUGUAUAUCCUUUCCAAACCGAUUAUUUUUGAAAUGGUAGGAAAAUCAUUCAACCAGAAAUGGGUAGCAUAGUUCAGCUGUUUGAAUUUCAACAUUAGCAUCAUAUUUAUCAUUCUUUCUUUGAGUGAUUGCAGAGAAAAGCAGAUUGUAUAGUUUUUUGAAAAAGUAUUAAAUAAAAGUGUUUAUUUUUUGCCUUUGUUUAUUAAAAAUACAAGUAUACCCUGAAUCUCGUUAUAAAGGCAUGGAUCAUCGGUAUGAAAUCUUAACAAGUUAAAACGAUGUACAUUAAACCAAUAAAGACAACUAGAUGU